GCAUUAUAUGUCUGGUAGUGCGGAAAUCACACGCUCUUCCGUUCCGUCGUAAGCUAGAGGACACUGGUGUCAUACAGAGCAGAGCGGCCUUAUUUCUUUUUAAUCGAAACACACAAAAACAACUCGGCACUACACCAUGUUUUCCCGAGCCGUGAGACCGACCAUCAGCCUGGCCAGAGGCUUGAGCACCAGCAGCGUGAACAACGCCAAGGUUGCCGUACUGGGGGCUUCAGGAGGCAUAGGCCAGCCGCUCUCUCUGCUACUGAAGAACAGUCCUCUGGUGAGCCAACUUUCUCUGUAUGACAUUGCCCACACUCCCGGCGUCGCCGCCGACCUCAGCCACAUCGAGACCCGCGCCCAGGUCACCGGAUACAUGGGAGCCGAUCAACUGGACGCCGCGCUCCAAGGUUGCGACGUUGUGGUCAUUCCCGCAGGAGUCCCUAGGAAGCCAGGUAUGACCCGUGAUGAUCUCUUCAACACCAACGCCACGAUCGUUGCCACCUUGGCCGAUGCCUGUGCCCGCAACUGCCCCGAGGCUAUGAUUUGCGUGAUCGCCAACCCCGUCAACUCCACCAUUCCCAUUCUGUCCGAGAUCAUGAAGAAGCACGGCGUUUACAACCCCAACAGAGUGUUUGGCGUCACCACCUUGGACAUUGUCCGCUCCAACGCCUUCGUGGCUGAGCUCAAAGGGCUUGACCCUGCCCGCGUCAAUGUCCCCGUUAUCGGAGGCCACGCCGGCAAGACCAUCAUCCCUCUCAUCUCCCACUGCACCCCGAAGGUGGAGUUCCCGGCCGACCAGCUGGCGGCGCUCACCGCCCGCAUUCAGGAUGCCGGCACAGAGGUGGUUAAGGCCAAGGCUGGGGCCGGCUCAGCCACCCUCUCCAUGGCGUACGCCGGGGCCCGCUUCGCCUUCUCCGUCCUGGACGCAAUGAACGGCAAGGAGGGCGUGGUGGAGUGCGCCUACGUCCGCUCCGAGGAGACAGACUGCAAGUACUUCUCCACCCCGCUGCUGUUGGGAAAGAGCGGCAUCGAGAAGAACCUGGGCCUGGGCAAGCUGUCCGCCUUUGAGGAGAAGCUGGUGGCCGAGGCCCUGGGAGAGCUGAAGGGCUCAAUCAAGAAGGGAGAGGACUUCGCUGCCAACUUCAAGUGAUCGGGACAUUGGGUGCGAUAGUGGGGGCGAGGUCAUACGGUGGGCUGACAACAUCAACAUCUGUUUGUUUAUUUCAAAUUGAAGCACAGAGCUUAAAGUGUUCCUCAAGAUUAAAGUAGGCGGGGUAGGGAGAGUGGGGUCGGAUGACGUCUGUAGUCUGUCAGGCGACGCCUGUCGUUCUUCAGGUGUCAUCUGUAGUUGGUCUUGACCCUGAGUUUGUCCUCUAUUCUUUAAAUUUGCGAUAUCUUUCCCUCCCAGCUUAGUGUAGUGUAAACCAGUGCCCUGACUUGCUUGCUUCCAUGCAUAAUGUGAUGUAAACACUGUAAUAUAACUGAGGUAUAUUUUGGUCUGUGUAAAUAUCAAAGUUGUAUUUCAUCAUACAGGCAAUAGUUGGUCAUCUCUGCCAGGGUCCUCAUUUGACCCCUUGAGCAAACACUUGUCAUCGUGUCUGUUGACAAUAAUUGGAUGUUUCCCACAUCGAUAUCAAAUAAAACUCUUGAAACCGUGACUUUCUUUUCUUUCAUUACAAAC